CAUCAGCUCCGUACAAACAGACGAAUUCACGCUCAGAGACCUGUCCUAUUGACCCCGUUCGCUCUCUACCGCCAUCAUGAAUCUUUUCAGGUUACUAGCUGACCUGUCCCAUUUAAUAUCAAUCCUCAUCCUGCUGCACAAGAUGAAAACAUCUAGCAGCGCAUCCGGCAUCUCGUUCAAGUCCCAGGUCCUCUACUUCGUAGUCUACGUAACGCGCUACAUCGACCUACUAUGGACCUUCUACCUCCCCAAAAGCCUUUACAAUACCGUCUUCAAAAUCGUCUUCAUAAGCACUUCCGCCUAUACCAUCUACCUGAUGAUGACCGACUACAAACCCACCCACGAUCCAAAUCUCGAUACAUUCAAGGUCUCUUAUCUGCUGGGCGCGAGCGCGAUAUUGGCAAUACUAUUCCCGUACCAUUAUAAUUUCACUGAGAUCCUCUGGUCCUUCUCUAUCUGGCUCGAAUCUGUCGCCAUCCUCCCCCAACUCUUCAUGCUUCAGCGGACCGGCGAGGCCGAGACAAUCACCACACACUACCUCUUUGCGCUCGGCGCAUACCGGGCGCUUUACAUCCCUAACUGGAUCUGGCGUACCAUCGUCGUAGAGAAGCCUCAGCCGUUCUGGGACCCGAUCUCAAUUAUUGCGGGCAUUAUACAAACGAUUCUGUACUCGGACUUUUUCUACAUAUAUUAUACCAAGGUCAUUCAGGGCAAGAAGUUCAACCUUCCGGUGUAAUCAGACUGCCUGCACAAUUAUCGAGCACGACCGUUUAUCCUUCACAAUUGAUCAAUGAGCGAUUACCUAUUUUGUAUCAUAGAUUCGGACACCUGCUGCGUAGCGGAGACUUUGGAAGGCAGGCUGGGAUAUGGAAUAAGAGCGUGUGACAUUUUCAACGGCGUAUCCGGGAUGCUGGAAUGGCAACCGUGUCUGGGCAGACGGAUGUUUGCCAGCUAGAUUGGGUUGGAACACCCAGGGACGCAGGACAGAUUGGGAUUCGGUGGAUUGGUACGGAUUAGUACCAGGGUUCGC